AUGUCGGUUGAUCCAAUUACUUGUCAUAUCUUGGAUACUUGCUUGGGCAAGCCUGCAAAGGGCGUCACAUGCCUGAUUUUCCAAAUUGGCCCACUCGUCACAGACAAGGGUUCUGAGAGUGCCUAUGACCUCAGAUCUCCAGAAAAGCCCUUCGCCAUGAGUAAGACAGACAACGAUGGAAGAAUCAAGAAUUGGGUAGUCAAUCCGCAAUUGGAUUCCUACGAGGCCACAAAACUCGGCAUCAACCAGGCCAAAUGGCAGGACCUUAAACCUGGUAUUUACAAGAUCAAGUUUUUGACAGGCAAGUAUUUCCAUGAAUUGAGCGCUGCCAACAGAACAUUCUUCCCAUAUGUGGAAAUUGUAUUCCAGGUCGAGAACCCUCCCGAUAAUCACUACCAUGUGCCAUUACUUUUGGCCAACCAUAGCUACUCUACAUAUCGCGGCAGCUAA